AUGAUGUUGUUAGAAGUUAUAUUAUUGAUCGUUAUUCUUUAUCUUUAUAAGUUAUAUCGAGAUUUUCAAGACGACUCAGUAUCAACUUCAACGAAAAAUAUUGAUAAAUUAUCCACACUAUCUUCAUCAAUACAAACACAAACAGAUGAAUCAAACAUAACUGCUCCCAUUAACUCAGUAUCUUCAGUUCAAGCAACUAUACCACCGAUGCACAUUCCUACUGCAGCUCAGGAGCGGCCGAUAGUAAAAGCAAUAGUGACAAAGAGUUCAGCUAAAAUCGAUAUUAUACCGGCCUGGUUUGAUCCUAUUCCAAUUCCUCAGGUACGUCAAAAUCAUUUGCCACCCUCAUAUGAUACGAAAUCACCAAUGGAUAAGAAGCAAAUUGAUUGCCUUGCUACUUAUCGUUCAAUGACAAAAGAAAAAUCGUUAAACUUUAUCCAAGAUCCAUUUUGCGGUGGUGUCGAUGACACAGAAACAGUUGUAGUUGUUCUAGAUCAAAUUGUCCAACAACUCGGUAGUAAUUUGAAUUUUACCAAUUCACAAUACACUUUCAAUGAUAGUGAUUAUCGUGCAGCAUGUGGUAUUGCAGAUCUCGGAAGUAUUCAUUCUUUGUUAACAUCUGGAAAAGAUGUUGAAACAGCUAAAUUCCAAUUUGGGUUCGAUUCUAAAAUUAAUUAUGAUGAAAUUACUAAAAAUCCUACCACUUUUAAAGAAUUUAUAUUGAGAUUCAUCAAAGCGAUCGCAAAUGUUAUUAAAUGUGCACCAGAAUUUAUUCGCGUCUUUGCAAUUCAGAAUGAUCAAUCCAAAAAUAAUAUAUCUCUUAGUUUUGGUAUAACUACACGAUCAAAAACAGAGACGCGAUCUUUAGCCGAUCAACUAAAGGCAUUAGCGGCUUCGUCCUUUAAUCAAACAAAAGAGGAUAUAGAUAUUUUACAGUACGUAAUACCUGACCGUUAUGAAUAUAAAUUAGAACCGGAAUUAACAUGUUUACAAUUGCAAAAGUCUGAUUUUGAUCCAAAGCAUAAUCGGGAUUACAAUGGGCUAAAUAUUCUUACUGAAGAAAGACGUGGCGGUCGUCCUUACUACUUUCCUGUCCCAUGGUUUCGUCAUGCAUUGAAAGUUGAUAAUAAAUACCCUCAUGAUAAAGUUUGGUUAGGAAUGAAAAAUGGUCCAGGUGAAUGGUGUGUUGCUUAUCAUGGAACUUCAGCUGAUUCGGCUAAAAACAUAUCUAAUCAAGGAUUUUCACAUUCUAAAGGCAAACGUGACGCGUUUAAAGAACAAGCAGUUGCUAAACUGGGAGCUAUUGCUGACGUAAACGGAAUCUACCUCGCAACACACUGUGAAGGAGGUGCAGAUGGUUAUGCAACUGAAUAUCCUGUUAAAAUCAACAACGGAAAAACAGUUAAAUACAAAAUGGUAUUUCAGUGUCGCGUCGAGCCAAAUAGAUAUACUGAGCAUGAAGGUGUAACAUCCACUGGUAGAGCACUACGGGUCUUUGAUGAGAAAGCUGUACGACCCUAUGGAAUUUUAUUGAAGAAAGAGCAAAUACCUCAAUCUGACGGUUUUUGUAACAUGUCUUAA